AUGUCAGUGUCGGUGAAGAUCUGCUUGCUACUGGUGGUAGCUGCAGCCUACUACGUAGCAGCUGAUCCAGGACCGGAACCCGGACACCAUCAUGGGAAAGAAGUUAUUGUUGUAAAGGACAAAAGUGAACACCAUCACCACCACCACCAUCAUCACCAUCAUAAACAUGGUCAUGAUCAUCACCACAAACAUGGACAUAAUCACAAACACGGGCAUGAUCACCACCACAAGCAUGGACACCACCAUCACCAUGGACAUGAUCACAAACACGGUCAUCACCAUGCUCACAAACAUGGGCACCAUCAUGGUCAUGAUCAUAAGCAUCACCAUGGCCAUCACCACGGUCAUCACCAUGCUCACCAUCAUGGUCAUCAUCACGGCCAUCACCACCAUCAUGGUCAUGAUCAUAAGCACCACCAUGGCCAUCACCACGGCCAUCACCACGGACAUCACCAUGCUCAUCAUCAUGGCCACCAUCAUGGUCAUCACCACCAUCAUGGUCACGAUCAUAAGCAUCACCAUGGCCAUCAUCAUGGACACCACCACGCUCAUCAUCAUGGUCACCAUCAUGGUCAUCACCAUGGACAUCACCACCACCAUGGACAUGAUCACAAACACCACCAUGGCCACCAUCACGGACACCAUCACGCUCACCAUCACGGCCACCAUCAUGGUCAUCACCAUGGACAUCACCAUCACCAUGGACAUGAUCAUAAGCACCAUCACGGACACCAUCAUGGCCACCACCAUGGGCACCACCACGGUCAUCAUCAUGGACAUCAUCACGGCCACCAUCACGGACAUCAUCACGGCCACCAUCACGGUCAUCAUCAUGGCCAUGAACACGGUCACCACCAUGGUCAUCAUCACGGUCACCACCAUGGACACCAUCACGGUCACCACCAUGGACACCACCACGGACAUCAUCACGGUCAUCACCAUGGCCAUCAUCAUGGUCAUCAUCAUGGUCACCACCAUGGACAUCAUGGUCACCACAGAAGGGCAGACAUUUUGCAAAAGGGUCUCCAUGACUUCGACGGUCUUUUGGGAUUCCAUUUCCGACGAUAA